CCUGGUCCUGGGUUCCUUCCUGACCCGCUUCCGCUUGUCUGGUGGUCUCCGCCGAGAGAAGUCUGUCGCGGGCCUUCCUAGCGCGUUUACCGUGCUUCAGUCGGCCCGUGUUCGGUUUGGUGUCCUGAGCUGGAUUCCUGGUUUUGUCCUCCACGUGCCGAUUUUUACGUCGGUGCGUAGCGACUUGCCAGGAGUCAAGCUCGUCUGUCGUUAAAUCGGAGUGGUUCGAUGUCUUUCAUUGUAACCAUCGAUGUUUUCGAUGCAUCGAUGCUAUCAAAUAAUAUCCCUACAAGAAAAUGUAUUUUUUAAAAUGGUAACAUUGAUUUUGUGUCAAAUGCAACACGACGUGUAUUUCUCAAGAAUUUGGCCGUCAUUUUGUUAUAUUUGUGUAUUUUGUCGGCGAUUUUAUGUGAAUAUUCAUAAAAAUGGCGAAAUUGGUGGAUAUAUACAAUAGCGAAAAAGAACCCGUCAUAAAGAGGCGACAAUUGCCGUUAACUAUUUAUGAAAAUCUAACAAUGAUUAUGGAUUUGAACACAAUGGGCUUGAUUUGUGAUAAUCCACAAGUGAAAGGUCGCGAAUACGAAGAGUUCAUGCGUAAAUACAGAGUUUUAUCCACAGACGAAUUAAAAGCAACACUCAGAGUAGACGCCUCCGAUAUAUUUAAUGUACUAAAUCAAAGCAUUCCCUGUGUUGGUUGUCGAAGAAGUGUGGAACGUCUCUUUUAUCAACUAUGCAAAUCAGGUCACCCUACAUUGGAUCCAUUAAUCUUGACGUCAGAUGAAAUAAUGACAAUCAGAGAAGACAAAAUUGUUCAUCCACAGUCAUUAGCUACAUUGUUAAAUGGACACACCACGGGCAUCGAGUGUCUGAUCCUAAGUCAGCCGCGGUGGAAGAAGUCGCAGCGGUGCACCCUACACUCCCUAGAGGCGGGUAGCGCGCGCGGAUGGGGCGCGGGCGGGGGCUGCGCGUGGGGUUGGGGCGCGUGGGGCUGGGGCGGGCGGGCCGCGUGGCGCGCCGCCUGGGACGCCAUGCGGGCGCCCGCGAGGGACCACGUCACUCUAGUGCAUUUCAACACGCUACACGACACGCUACACAACUAUCUCAGAAAGCAUCGGUUCUGCACUGACUGUAAAACUAAGGUGUUACGUGCAUUUCAACUACUAGUUGAAGAAAAGGAGCCACAAAAAGAAAAAGGUUAUGUAGGUGCAUUAUAUGGUGGUAUCAAAAGAUGCCUACUGGAUAAGCAUCUCCACUUACAAGCCAAAACCGAUUAUAUAGUGCAACUCAUAGCCAGAGCUGAGCCAGAAUUACUUGGGAACCAUCGGGAGAGACACGCUAAAACACUUGAAAUUGCACAAGAAGAGGUGUUAAUAUGUCUUGGUAUAUGCAUUUACGAACGGCUCCAACGCAUCUCGCUGCGAUUGCGGGAGGAAGAAGGCACGUGUCAAACCCUCGCCGCGGUCGCCGUGGAAGCAUUGUACCGCAAGUUCGAGACUGCGGUCGAACAGAAAAGCGGCGUCUCUAAACUGCAACUUUUGUACGACGAGAUCACACAGGAGGAACUGACCCGGCAACAGCGGAAAGAACAGAAAAAGUUAAAGCGUCGCAAGAAGAAGGAGAGGCAAGCUGUCGAGAUCAAAUGCAAAGAGGCUGACUCCGAAGAGCCAGAGGAAAAGUGCCAAUGCGAGGAAUGCCUAUUAGAAGAGCGAGACACGCCCACGGAAUUACUAUCGCCGCGCGAGUACCCAGCGUGCUGCGAGGCCGGCGAUAGCUGCCGUUCCUGUGACGAACCGACGCCGCGUCGCUCGCCAAACAAGAAGCGGAACAAAAACGGGAAACUGUCCCCCCACGACCACUCCCAGGACUGUGGCUACUCGUCGGGGAACAACGGCGGGUGCUGCGACACUAUAUCUGGGUCGUCGUCCCUCAUGAGUUCGCCUGAAGGUUCCGAGGUGGCGUGCUCAGAGGGAUUCUGUAACCACGAGCGGGGGGACUGCUUGGACACGAAACACGAGAAGUCAUGCACGGGGUUCACGUUGUCGCUACAGGAAAUGUUGAUGGACACAUGCUCAUCGGAAGACGAAGAGGACACCAGUUAUAUUCCCAUAGAAGAGGUUUUAGAAUUUAGAUCUCGUAGGAACAUAACAGAAAAAAGACAAGAACUGCGGCAGAACCUACGACAGAAAUUCGCACAACUUUGCGUGAAUCCGCCGCGUCCACCUACACAAGACAAGCAGGCUGCCUAAAUCGCCCUAGCCCACAAAAUUAAACUGCACUUUAUAAAAUAUUCAUAGUCAUUUUCUCCCGAAAUGGCACAAAAACGUAUAACCGCUUCAGAUCCACAGCUGGUCAGACUGUAAGUCUUAAUCGCCAGUCCACUAUGUGACAGACACUCAGUCCUCUGGUAGGUAAUAAACGAAUAUUGAUUGUAUACUUUCAAAACUACAAUAUCUAGUACUCUGUUGAAACUGGUUUCUUUGAUAUGUUUUUGUCAAGUCUCAGUAAUAGACAUGAUAGCAAUUAUUACUCCCAGUAAUAUUAAUUACAUGAAACAUCAUAGCAAUGUAUCAUCAUGAAUUAAGGUGUUAUUGAGAAAAACAUCAUAUUAUAAUUUUACGAAAUUAACAUUGCGUCCAAAAUGAGGCAUUAGUAAUAAUGUAUGAAUUCCGAAAUCUGUAAUCUUGAACAAAAAUCUUACUACAAAUUUAAAGAUCGUAUUAGUUUUAGAUGUUAAUAUGACUAUAACAUAUUUUUACGAGACUUGGCAAAAAGGAUAUUCACAGGAAUACAUUUUGAUUUAAAAAAUUGUUCAUUCCAUUAUUAUUAUAUUUUGAUCCUCUUUCUCGGUUAUUUCAUAAUAAUUAGUAGCCUCUGUUCUAAGAAUAAUGGGUGCUUAUUAUAGUUAUUACAGAUGUUGUAGAUGAUAUAAUAAAAAUCUAAUAUUGGUGGUACUGUUUUGUUAAAUCAUGUUUGAAACCUGUGGAGAAUAUAAUUUUAAGGCAUAAUAAAAUCAAGUGCAAGUUUGAAUGAUUCCAACAGUUUUAAUGAUUGACUGGAUAAUCCCAGCAUUUAAAGAAUUAUUAUAUUGUUAGAAGGCUUAGUAAUGAAAUAUUUAAAGUAGCAUUUUUGAUCAAAAUAUUUUAUUUUCAAUUUGUGCUUAUAUGACUCAAUAUUACGUGGUACAUGAUGAAUUAUUGCUCGUUAUGGAAAAGCUUCGGACGGGAGUUACCGUGGCUAUUUUGCCAUUGUUAUUGAAAUCAGAAACAUUUGUAACUCAGUUUUAAAUAUAUUAUAUAAUACAGUGAUAUAAUUUUCGUUUUAUUUGUAAAUAUUUUUUUUAUGGGUCCAGGCAGCUAUAUUAAAAAAUCUUUAUAAAGGCACGUCAUUACAGUCAAAAAAAAGGCCAGGUGCAUAUUGAGCUAUCAUAAUUGUAAUAGUUCCCUAGUUGCCCCACAAAGCAAACUUAUGCAGAAUGGAAAAGAAUUUUUAAAACAAAAUUGAGUGAAGUGUAUAAUGAACUUCAUGUGAAUUGUUUAACAUACAAACUAAAUAUGAGGAUGAGGAUUCUGCAAAAGAUGCGCAACAUAACAAUCAUUAUGCUAUGAACAAUUUAAUUGAAAAAUUUGCUUCCAUUCCUCAGCAGCUUAAAUUGAGCCUUAUAGAAUAUCAUUUGAAUAGUGCUAAGCUAAACAUUCUCAUGUGGAAUCAGAAAUAGAAUCACACUAUUAUGGUUAUGACAUAUUUAUUUCUUUUCUAGAAAACUUAUAUAAAUGAUCUAUGUAUAUUAAUUCUCUUCAUUACAUACAACCAUUCUUGUCUCGUUAUUAUAUUUGUGCUAUACAAAGUGUGGCAUUUGUACCACCAAAGCCAAAUGAAUUUUUUAAAGCUAUUCUCCUUUCAGAUUCCCAUUUCCUUGUAACAUUUGCAACAUAGUUAAGAUCAUCUACAGGUUCAUCCAAGUUCAAUGUUGGAGGUAACAUUCCAGUGUGACAGGCUAAAACAGUAAAAAUUGCUUCUAAAUUGCCUGCAGCACCUAAUAAGUGACCAUGCGCUCCUUUUGUGGAGGAUAUUGAAAUAUUUGAACUAUGUCCCUUAAAUAGGGUUUGUAUGGCAGUAGAUUCAAUACCAUCUCCAAUGGGAGUGGAUGUUGCAUGGGCGUUGAUAUAUGUGAUACUUUCUUUUUCCAAAUUGCUGUCCUUUAAAGCUCUACUCAUUGACAAAAUUGCCCCACUACCAUCUUCCCUGGGAGUUGUGAUGUGAGAUGCAUCACCUGAUAAACCAUACCCUAAGAUCUCUGCAUACAUUGUAGCAUUUCGUUUCAAUGCAUGUUCAUAUUCUUCUAAAAUUAAAACAGCAGCACCUUCACCCAUGACAAAGCCAUCUCUCUUUUUAUCAAAUGGCCUGGAGGCUUUUGUAGGUGUUUCAUUGAAAGAAGUAGUUAAGGCUCUUAACCUACAAAACCCUGCUAUAGCUAAUGGACUGAUGCACGACUCUGCUCCUCCACAUACCAUUACAUCUGCAUCUCCAUUCCUAAUAAAUCUAAAAGCAUCACCAAUGGAAUGUGCACCUGUUGCACAUGCUGUAGAGACUGCAUGGUUUGGUCCUCGUAGUCCAUAUUUAAUACUAAUGUGACCAGCAGCCAUGUUAGGCAAUAUUCUUGGAACAAAAAAUGGACUUACUUUAUUGUAACCUACUUUCAGAGCUUCAUUUGUAUCACAUACAUCUUUCAAAUCAAUCAUUCCUAUUCCUAAUGCAACUCCUGUCAUUUCUUUUUCUGUUUCUAAUUGCGGUGACCAUUUAGCGUCUGCUAAGGCUUCUGCUGUAGCAACCAGCGCUAGACAUGUAGCAGGAGCCAUGGAUUUUAAGUUAGCUUUACACAAAGCUUUCUUGAGUUUUUCAUCAUUCUCAAUAGGCAAAAGACCAGCAAUUUUACAUGGUAGUUUCGAAUAUUCUUCAUUAUGGAGGGAGACUAUUCCACAAUGUCCCUUUAAUAAUUUAGGCCAUACUGACUCUGUAGAAGAUCCAAGAGGGCAAACUAAACCCAGACCUGUAACAACUACUCUUCUUUUAGAAGCAUUUCGAUUAAAAUAUCGCAAGGACCCCAAUUUAUUCAUUUCUGUAGUAGUCACCGACAAAUCAAAAAAAAUAUGCUCAUCCUUUCCUGAAAACUUGAAAUGUAUUUUGUAAUUUGUCAAUAAAAAAGUGACCUGGAUUUUUAGAUUUCUUCAGUGCAGUGAUGGAUGGCUCCCUCAGGUGGCCCAAGACCCA